AUGUCGACGACGCUCCUCGACAUGAAUGAGGCCGGCUGCGCGGAGGGCGGCAUCCCCAUCAAGGGCGCCGACGCCGGCACCCUCCGCCUGGUGGCGGCCUACUGCGAGAAGCACGCGCCGCACUACGACCCCGUGGCCUCCGCGGCGAGGCUCCGCGACCCGUUCCCGCUCUUCCCCAUCGACUUCACGCCGGCCACGUACGCCGUCAAGCCCGUCACCCAGCUCGACCCCGACCCGCACGGCCUCGAGGCCUGGGACCGCAAGUUCAUCAGCGACCUCCCCGACAACUCCGCCCUCUUCAACCUCAUCAUCGUUGCCAACUUAAUGGCCAUCGAGGAGCUGGUCGACCUGGGCUGCACGGCCGUAGCGGACAAGAUGAGGGGCAAGACGCCUGACGAGAUCCGCGUUGCCUUGGACAUCGAGAACGACUACACGCCAUAG